AUACAUUACACUAUAAAUUGAAGUUUUUCCGGAGGAAAAAGAUCGAAAAUAAUUAAAUUAUCCCUCGAUAUAAACAUUCUCAGAAGAAAAAGCCAGCAAUGCCGGCGGCUCCGAGAACGGCGGAAACCUUCAAAGAAGCGGCGGCACUGUCGUCGCCGUCAGCGGAAGGUGCAUCCGCUGGCGUGCUGGCGUCAGGGGCGUCGGACGAUGGGCCCUCGGCAGGCGGGCUGCUGGGCUCGCUGUCUGGGGUUGGUGGGGACGAAGGCUCCUCGUCUGGGGACCCCGCGGCCUCGGGGGCCACGGUCUCAUCAGCAGCUGGCGAUGAAGCCGUAGGCCCCGAUGAAAAACAAUGGAACAAACCGUUUGGUUUGAAAGCCCUUGAAACCAGCUUCUCCAUCCCAAGAUUCUGGCAAUGGAUGCUCGGAUCUACGGAGGAGAUGGUUUCUUUCUGCUUCCAUCGUUCCCGUUCGCUUCUGGAUUUCAAACGUCUCUCUUUCUCCCGCAUUCAUUCCUUCCAUCCGUACACGCCUCUGCCUUCUCCGCCCCGCCUCCCGUUUAUCUCCCCCAAUCGCUUCACCUCUUCUUCUCCCCAUCUAUCCAUGGCUCGCUCGUGGAAUUCUCCCACUCCGAACGGCCAAAUCAACCGAAACUUCUCUCCCGCCGGUGCGCCGGAGGAUAGGAAAUCGAGGGUCGCCGUCGUUGGCAGCGGUAACUGGGGAAGUGUCGCCGCUAAGCUCAUCGCCCACAACGCUCUCAGGCUCAAUUCCUUCCACGAUGAAGUGAGGAUGUGGGUAUUAGAAGAAGUACUGCCAACAGGUGAAAAGCUCUCUGAGGUCAUAAACAGGACCAAUGAGAAUGUUAAGUACCUACCGGGGAUUAAGCUCGGCAAGAAUGUUAUUGCAGACCCUGACCUUGAUCAUGCAGUGAGGGAAGCGAACAUGCUAGUCUUUGUUACUCCGCAUCAAUUCGUGGAGGGAAUAUGCAGGAGAUUAGUUGGGAAAAUUAGGAAAGACGCUUCGGCAAUUUCUCUGAUUAAAGGGAUGGAGGUCAAGAAGGAGGAUGGUCCGCGCAUCAUUUCCACCCUCAUCACAGAACGACUCGGAGUGAAUUGCUGUGUCCUAAUGGGGGCAAACAUUGCUAAUGAGAUUGCCAUAGAGAUGUUCAGUGAAGCAACAAUAGGAUACAGGGGAAACAAAGAGAUUGCACAUAAAUGGGUUCAGUUAUUCAAUGCACCUUAUUUUAUGGUCUCAGUUGUCCAAGAUGUGGAAGGAGUUGAACUGUGUGGUACCCUGAAAAAUGUUGUGGCUUUAGCAGCAGGAUUUGUUGAUGGGCUGGAGUUGGGAAACAACACGAAGGCUGCAGUAAUGAGAAUUGGCUUGAAAGAGAUGAAUGCAUUUGCGAAAUUGCUCUUCCCAUCAGUUAAAGACAGUACAUUUUUCGAGAGCUGUGGGGUAGCAGAUGUGAUCACAACUUGCUUAGGAGGACGAAACAGGAAAUGCGCCGAAGCUUUUGCAAGGGAUGGGGGGAAGAGGUCCUUUGAUGAACUCGAAGCAGAGAUGUUGCAGGGCCAAAAACUUCAGGGCGUGUCAACGGCAAAAGAGGUGUACGAGGUUCUACGUUAUCGGGGAUGGUUGGAGUCGUUCCCUCUAUUUUCCACAGUUCAUGAGAUCUGCACCGGGCGUCUUCCUCCUUCAGCUAUAGUUGAACACGUAGGGCGACCCCCCAAGAUUUUCCCAGGUGGGAGAUUGUGAUGAUUUGUUUAUGAAGUCCAAGAAAAAAAUGGCAUUUUUCAUUGAUAUCUAUACCUUUUCUUUUUAACAAUUGAAAUAAUGAUCGCCCUUGUAAGUUGUAUAGGAUAUUCGCAUGAGGUUGAUAAAACAUGGAACCAUAUUUGAACUAUAUUUGAAUUCUAAUUCAUUCAAUAAUUUUACAUUGUUGAU